CACCUCGCACUCGCAGACCUUGCGCCAUCAUCGCCUCUUCUUCCUUUUAGGUUUCUUCGCCUCUCUCAUUGAGAGAAAGUUCCAGACGAUUACCCAAAUAUCUUCUCCCCCUCUUCCUUGGUCGCAUCUGUGGAUUCAUUAUCGUCUUCUUCGUCUCGUGUAUUGUGAUGAAUUUCGGAUUUUGAGAUGACGGGACGUGUAUGGCCUCACGAUCAUCCUUCUCUCAUGUCGCCGAUACCGUCGUUGAAGCCAGCGGCUGAUUUCCACCGUCAUAGUGGUAGGAGCGUCUUUAGCUUACUUGUUCAGAGGGAAAUUUCACCAAAGACCAAGUGUGUUCCAAGGAAACGGUGGGGUGAAAGUAGAUGGAACGCUGAUUCCUCCUGUGGGACCAGUUGCGAACCAGCGAGAGAAGCAGGACAUGGUCUUGUUUCAUGGGUUGAGGCAGAGUCAUUGCACCAUUUAUCUGCAACAUAUUGUCCUCUUGCGCCUCCUCCAAGGUCAACAAUUGCAGCAGCUUUUAGUUCCGAUGGAAGAACUCUUGCUUCUACACAUGGUGACCACACCGUAAAGAUUAUUGACUGUGAAACUGGAACGUGCUUAAAAGUUUUGAGUGGCCAUCGGAGGACGCCUUGGGUGGUCAGAUUCCACCCGCAUCAUUCAGAUAUACUUGCUAGUGGAAGCUUAGAUCGUGAGGUGCGCUUAUGGAAUGCAAAAACUUCAGAGUGCAUUAGAUUUCAUGAGUUCUAUCGGCCUAUUGCUUCUAUUGCAUUCCACGCCGAAGGUGAAUUGCUUGCUGUUGCAACUGGACAUAAGUUGCAUAUAUGGCACUACAACAAGAUAGGUGGGGAUCCCUCGCCAAGCAUUGUGUUGAAGACAAGGCGCUCUUUGAGAGCUGUACACUUCCACCCACACGGGGCUCCAUUUCUCUUGACUGCAGAGGUGAAUGACAUCGACUCGUCAGAUUCCUCAAUGACAAGGGCAACAUCUCCGGGUUAUUUGAGAUAUCCGCCCCCUGCUAUUUUUUUAACCAAUACGCAUACUGCCAACCGUGCUAGUUUGGAAGCUGAACCAACUCCUGUGCCGUCACCAGUCUUGUCCGUGCCUCCAUAUUCCAUAGAUGAUCAAAGAAUUUCUCAAUAUUCUACUACUAAUGCCACUUCAAGUAGUGCACAAACAGGGUUGCAGAAUAAUCAAAGAGCUGUGGACAACCGUAGCAGAACAAUGUCUCCUCCCUUGUCUACCCCAGCCAUUCCUUCUGUUCCAUAUCGUGUUUUAGAAUAUUCUGCUGGCAACACAUUUACUGCUCGAGCAGGAGCUAGAACCUCUACUACUGUAGCUGAUGCCAUGGAUGUUGAUGAAAUUCAACCUGUUGGAAGAAACGGAAUUCCCAGUCAAGUUUCUAAUCAAUCAGAUUUCAUUGAGUUUGGACAGCUUCAGCAGUUAUUUCAGUGUGGAGACAGAGCGUGGGAAUUGCCUUUCCUGCAAGGAUGGUUGAUGGCGCAAAGCCAUGGUGGUGCUCAUUCAGGGGUUCCUCCUAGUGGUAGUAGUGGUCAUGGACACUCAGCUCCUAAUAUGGGCUCUUCGGCAUCCUAUUUAUCGACGGCCAGUCUAGUGGAUGCAGUUGCGUCUUUAGAAAUCCCAGCUGGUGUUAACUUGUAUAGCCUAGCUGGAAGAGGUGUCAGUCGAGACGUAAUUUUACAUAGGCAGGUCUCAGGAUCUGGAUUAGCAGAAGGUGUUACCUCCCGUGGCACGCAACUUGAUGGAAUUGAUAGUCAACCUGUGAUGAACAGAAGAAUCCAGUCUGAACUUGCUAAUUCAAUUGCUGCCGCCGCCGUAGCGGCGGCUGCGGAGUUACCUUGCACUGUGAAGCUCAGAGUGUGGUCACAUGACAUCAAAGACCCAUGUGCACAACUGAAGGCUGACAAAUGCCGAUUAACAAUACCUCAUGCUGUUCUUUGCAGUGAAAUGGGAGCACAUUUUUCGCCAUGUGGGAGAUAUUUAGCUGUCUGUGUUGCAUGUGUUCUUCCUCAUGCUGAGACAGAUCCUGGAUUGCAGACGUUGGUCCAACAAGAUUCAGGGCUUUCAACUUCGCCUACUCGGCACCCUGUCACGGCACACCAUGUGGUGUAUGAACUUCGUGUGUAUUCUCUUGAAAAGGAUACGUUUGGUUCAGUACUUGUCUCACGGCCAAUUAGAGCUGCACAUUGCUUGACUUCUAUCCAGUUCUCACCUACCUCCGAGCACAUAUUGCUUGCUUAUGGCCGGCGUCAUGGUUCCCUUUUGAAGAGCAUUGUUAGUGAUGGAGAGACGACAUCUCAUUUUUUCACGGUGUUGGAAAUUUACAGAGUUUCAGAUAUGGAACUGGUGAGAGUACUCCCGAGCGCUGAGGAUGAAGUUAAUGUCGCUUGUUUUCAUCCUUCUCCUGGUGGAGGUCUUGUUUAUGGAACAAAGGAGGGGAAACUCAGGAUUUUCCGGUAUAACACUGCUGCCGCCUCCAACCUCACCGGACCAAACAACCACCCCGAGGAAAACCUAUCCCAGGUGCAGACGUACGCAUUAGAGUGCUAGCAAGAAAACCACAAAGGCUCUCUCUCCCGACAGAACACAUUGAAGAACAGCCUCUUCCCAUACAGUCUGGGUUUUUUUUUCUUCGGGUAAAAACACUGCCUUUGGUGAAUCGCCUGAGACCUCUUCAAUUCUAUUUUAUUGGUUCUUUCUUUUUAUCUUUGCUGUUUGGUUGGGGUUUCAUAUUUUGCCUUUGCAGCAGGCUUCUCUGUUUGUCUUUUGUCCCUUCAUUUCUUUGCCAAAGACGCAGAAGAUGUGAAAAUAAAAAUAAAAAAGAAAGAAAAAAAAUUAGAGAGAACA